AUGGAUGAUGAAGAGAUCAAAGUUGAUAAUCACGAUAACUACGAGAUGGACAGCGGGGAUGAAGAGGUCCCCAAAAGCCGCCAGGGUUCAGACCUCAGCGACAACCAAAGUGAAGGAGAGGAGAAGACAGUAAGACCAACGCUGACCCCUGCGUCUUCUCAAAUAUAUAGCAGAUCCCCAACUUCACCCUCACCACUGACUGGCCACGUACACUCCCCUUUGACCCCACAUGCGCAUCAUCUACAUUUGAACAAUCAUUUAAAUCUCCAAUUACAUAAUAAUAAUAAUAAUAAUAAUAAUAAUAAUGGCCAUCGCCAACACCCCCACAUCUACCCGGCUAUGUCACCACCGCGCACUAGCCAACACCAUCGACACCAUCAUCACCAUCACCACCACCACCACCACCUGCUGCCGCACCACCAUUCGUCCAAUAGUAAUAACAAUAAUAAUUCACCCCAACAUAGCCCUAGCCAUGACAAUAGCAGUAGUAGCAACAACAUGAGUAGUCACUCUCCGCCGCCGAUGUCUGCACAACCUCUGGCGUUAUCUCUUUCGCCGCCCACGUCGCAUCUCCAUAACAACCACAACAACAGUAAUAGCCACCACCACCAUAGCCACCACCAUCACAACAACAGUAACGACUCCUCCUCUUCCGUCUCCUCCUCCUCCUCUUCCGCCUCCUCCUCCUCCUCCUCCUCCCGGCUCCGCCAGUCGCACCUACUGGAAGCUGAUGUUGAAGAGAAUAGCAGCGACGAAAACAUGUCGACGACGUGCAGCAAAGCUGGAGACGACGUCCUUGAUGUUGACGUCGACGUCGACGUUGGUGGCGGGGGAGACUUUCUGAAACUUGGCGCUGGCCGCACCAGCGCUCUCUGCAACACUAACAACAACAUUAACAAUAACAACAACAACAACAACAACAACCCUAGCCACCACCCUCUCAGCAACAGCAACAACCACCCGAAUGGCAUGACCAUCGGCUCUCUGGUCCCGAACGUCAUUGGCGGCGUCGGAUCCAUAAUCCAUAGCGGCGGUGGAAGCGGUGGCGGCGGUGGUCCUAAUGUUGGUAACGGUGUCAAUGAAAGCGCCGGUGUCGGUUCCAACUACGAGGAUCGUCUUUUGGUACCGAAGAGCAAGACGCAAAGCAAGAAGAAGAACGGUGAACAAAAGAUUAUUCGCUUGAAUAUCAACGCCAGGGAGCGAAGGAGGAUGCACGAUCUGAACGACGCAUUGGACGAGCUACGAGCCGUUAUUCCCUACGCACAUUCUCCAUCGGUCCGUAAGCUCUCCAAAAUCGCCACCCUCUUGCUGGCUAAGAACUACAUCUUGAUGCAGGCCAACGCCCUGGAAGAAAUGCGAAGAAUGAUCGCCUACAUGAAUCAGACAGCGCCGACCCCAACUUGCCUGGACGCUUAUGCCGCCUUUGGGCGGUUGCCCACCGACAUGAGCCCCGCUGAGAAAUGUACGUCUGUGUACACGCGGUCUGCCCAUCACAAGAAGUCUGGUGGGUGA